AUGGCGAAGAAGCGAAAGCUUGACGCUUCGAAAGGCGCUGCAUCGUCGGGGCCGCCCAAGAAACAACAGCAGCAGCAGCAACAACAGCUGCAGCUGCAGAAGCUGCAAGAAGAAGAGGCGAAGAAGGUUAAGGUAGAAGAAGAGGAGGUGGUGGCCGAAGAAGUGGAGGAGGAGGUGGAAGAAGUGGAGGAGGAGGUGGAGGAAGAGGAAGAAGAAGUGCAAGCGGCGUCGGCUCCGGACGACGACGACGACGAGGAGCCGAUUGAGAAGCUUCUCGAACCGUUUAGUAAGGAUCAGCUGGCUAAUUUGCUCCGCGAUGCUGCGGAGAUCCACCGCGAUGUGGCGGAUCGCAUCCGGAGGAUAGCCGAUGAGGAUCCCGUUCACCGCAAGAUCUUUGUUCACGGGCUGGGCUGGGACACCACCGCCGAGACCCUGAUUGCAGCCUUCAAGCAGUAUGGAGAGAUCGAGGAUUGCAAGGCGGUGACGGACAAGGUUUCUGGGAAAUCCAAGGGCUAUGGUUUUAUUCUCUUCAAGAGGCGGAGUGGAGCCCGGAAGGCGCUUAGGGAACCACAGAAAAAGAUCGGCAACAGGAUGACUGCUUGUCAGCUUGCCUCCAUCGGCCCUGUGCAGGCGCCGGCCCCUGUGGUUCCUGUUGCGCAGCAAGCUUCGGAAUACACUCAAAGGAAAAUUUAUGUGAGUAACGUUGGCGCAGAUCUGGAUCCACAUAAGCUGACUAGCUUCUUUGCCAAGUAUGGGGAGAUUGAAGAAGGGCCACUGGGGCUUGACAAGAUGACUGGUAAGCCAAAGGGUUUCUGUUUGUUUGUGUACAGAAGCCCUGAAAGCGCCAAGAGGGCUCUUGAGGAGCCACAUAAGAACUUCGAGGGUCAUAUUUUGCACUGCCAGAAAGCUAUUGAUGGGCCUAAACCUGGAAAAGCUCCACAACAGCGGCAGCAACACCAUCAUGCGCAGAGCUCUCAUUAUCCGAGGAAUGAUCCAUCUCCAUAUGUUGCCACAACUGGAGCUGGAAUUGGGUUCAACCACGGUGCUGCUGCGGCUCAAGCACUGAACCCUGCUCUUGGCCAGGCGAUAACGGCUUUGCUUGCAACCCAAGGUGCUGGCUUGGGUUUGACUAAUGUGCUGGGAACUCUGGGUACUGCUGCAGUCAAUCAAGGUGGUGUGCCAUCUUCUGGAAUGCAGAGUGCAUACAGUAACCAGCCAAGUAUAAGCCCGGGAGUGAUGGGCUAUGCAAACCAGGGGAUGCCUGGUGGCUAUGCAAGCCAACAGAUGGGUCAGGGUGGUCCUGGUAGAGGACAACAUCCGCAAUACGGUGGUGCAGCCCCUUAUAUGAAUCACUAGGUCUUUCAGAUCCUAAUAGGUGCCUCAGUGUUUUAGAUACUGGCUUGGUGAUUCUUCUGAAGUUUAUGGAGCUUAUGCAAAUGAAGUUUAUAAAUGUGGUCAAAUGUUACUAUUUGGUUACUACAAAGGCCAGAUCUUAAAAAAAGUCAAAUGAAGUUUAUUUUCAUUUUCUUGGUUUUUUUCCUUGUGCUGUUGGCACUUAUUUAAAAGUAUUGUAUGAUCAGUUUGGGUAUUUGCUUUUAAAGCUUUGCGAACAGUUUGAUGACUUUCAUCCCAGAUAUAUGUACCUUAUGGAGUCAGCAAGGCUGAACUGAAAACCUUUUGAAAGCUCUUAUCAUUAUGGACAAAUUAGUGCUUUCUCGUUUUAUAAUCGCUCGGCUCUCUUUUUUAAUGGUAUAUGUAUCAUAUGAAAUUGCAAGUCAUGUACUGUGUGUGGUGUCCGACCAGUUGUGAUGUGAUCUCUUUUUUUAGUUUUUCUGUUCGUGGUUUACUUGUAAUAUUGCCACAAGUGACUGUUAUUGCAGGUUGAGCAAGCCUGGAUGUUUCUUCUACCAUACUUCAACUAAUUGCACACUUUACUUUAUACGUCAAUAUUUAUUUGGAAAAUGGCUACAAAAAGCUGACUCUGAGCUGAUCUGUGAAGUGUUUUUGUGGUUACUGUAAGUUUGUGCUAGUCUUAUGAUCUUAUUACGGAGUAGGCAAUUAGUUCAAGUGGGUCAUGGAUUUAUGUUUGCUUGCUGUUGAGUACCUAAAGACGUAGGCUCCUAUUGAAACACAUACUCUGACCACACGAUUCCUGACGCAAAAUAUUGAUGUGGCAGUGGGUUGAUAUGAGAAUCAUGAUCUCCCCUUACCAUUAGUGAUAAGAACAGCAGUUUUGGAGAUGCUGCAAACCCAUGACCAGAAGGUGUUUCUAUCUAUAUUUUAGUUCUUUUUGUUAAUGUCUUGGUGGAUGGACUAAGGAAGUUGAGUCAGAUUGCUUCUUGUCAACGAAGGCGCAUAUGUUUUGAUUGGAGAAUGCAUAGGUGUUGGGGGAUGAUGAUCACUUUCGUCGAUGGCGAUUUCAAGAGGGCUUCUAGUAAAGCGCCCCAACUAGAAAGCUAACAGAAGUCGAGAAUCUGGCAGUGCUUCUUCAGGUCAUGUGAUGCAACAGAUGAACGACGAGGGCGAACUGCUGUUGUUCCCCCCUGUGACCAUUUCGCCAUAACUGUGGAUGGUGGCGGUUCAGUGCCUUGCAUGGAGUUCUGGCAGUGCUUCAGGUAAUGUGGUGCAACAGAUGAAUGACAAGGAUGGACCGCAGUUGUUCCCCCUUCGACCAUUUCGCCAUAGAUGUGGCUGUUUGCCGUGCAGUGCUUUGCAUGGAGUAAAUGUUGGUUGAUUGCCAUUGCCUUUUGUUCCCGGAGGAGUCUGCUGGAUUGGUGUGAUGGAGACUGGCCGCAGAAUCUGCAGAUUAUCUUCGUAGUGGGUUACUGUUGGUCGCCUAAUUUUUUGUGAUUGUCUUGUUUAAUAUGAAUUUUGUGUUUCUGUUGGAGAUGGUUUGGGAAUAAGCCUUUGGUUUUGGCAAUAUGCACCUCUUGGCCAGU